ACGGCCCACCACGCCCCGGCGCCUAUGAAAGGGUACCAUGUCAGCCGCAGCAUGUCCCAGCAUUCCUCUGGUGGGGGAGGAGGGGGGCCGUGUCACUGCUCCCCCGAGGACUGCGAUGGCCUGGGUAGAGACUACUACCAAGGGCACAGCGAUGGGCAUUACUACCCCGCGGGGGGUCCCGCGGAGGCUUUGGCCCUGGAGAGGCAUCACUCCCACUCACAUUCACACUCGCACAGCCACUCUGGAGGGGGCACAUUCCCUCGCUCCCACCCCAGCCACCACCCAGCUCUCCAUUCGUUUGACUCUUGCGAAGAGUGCCUGCCUACAGGCCACGGGGGAAAGAUGCACCGCAUCCCCCCCAACUUGAUAGAUCAGUUUGAGAAGCAGGUACCGUUCCAUCCCGAUGGCUUCCACACACUGCAGUACCAGCGCACGGCCAGUGGGGGGGCCGAGCAACGCAGCGAGAGCCCCUCGCGCAUCCGCCACCUGGUCAACUCUGUCCAGCGCCUCUUCGCUAAGUCCCACUCACUGGAGGCUCCAUCCAAACGGGAGUACAACGGCACCAGGGGAGCCGGAGACUACCGAGGGGAAAGAGGCGGAGGACACAGGAGUGCAGGCGAGGACGGCCACUACUCAGGCCACCAAUCCCGCUCCACCCGGAGGAGCAAGUCCCGGGAACGUAGCAAGAGCGGAGAUUCGCGGCAUGAGUCUGGCCGCCGCCACCGCAGCCGGACGGCGGGCUGGUGGAGCUCCGAUGAUAACCUGGACAGUGACAGUAGCUUCUUGGUCAGCGGGGGCAGACGGGGGUACCCCAGUGGACACGAAAGCCUUGACGCCGCCAUUCAAGAGCUCACCAUGAAGAAGCCGAAGGAGCGAGGCGGCGGGCCGGGCUCUGGAGAGUGCGUGGCCUGUACCACAAUUGCCCUGGCAGGGGGGGAGGGAGGAGGUCAUCAUGGACACCACGGUCACUCACUGAAGAGAAGCACAUGGUCAUCCAUGACUGUGAGUCAGGCCAGAGAGGUUUAUCCAUCAACCAGAGGGGGAGGUUAUGACAAGGCCCUGGUUCCCGUGGAGAGCAAGCUGAAGGAGAGAACCCUCCACUACCUGCAGGUCCCCUCGGAGGACUGGGGAGGCGGGUACGGCAGCGGCGGGGCGGCGGACAGCGGAGGAGAGAUACCGUGCCGACGAAUGCGGAGCGGCAGCUACAUCAAGGCCAUGGGUGACGACGACAGCGCCGACUCGGACACCAGUCCUAAAGCCUCGCCCAAGUCCACUCUGAUCGCCCAGAGGGAGGCCUUCAGACGCUCCGUCAGCAUGGAUCAAAGUUCCAGGUUCUCCUGUAAACAGUGCACAGAUUCCUACCCCAACAGCCGCCCUGCGCCUAAAUCCCACGCCCGCUCCCGCAGCUACACGCGCUCUCUGACCAGCUCCCAGCUCGGAGAGGCCCUCAACCAUCAGUUUGAGACGGUGUGCGAGACCAUGUUCGGGGAGGUGGAGUCUCAGGCCGUGGAGGCCCUCGAUCUUCCAGGCGUGUUCCGCACUCGCAGCCACAGCUACGUCCGGGCCAUCCAGGCCGGCUGCUCCCAGGAUGACGACUGCCUCUCCGUCUUUUCCAUGUCGGGCCCCCAGGGAAGCAUCAAGGCGGGGGCCGUCUUUCCAUACCGUAAAGGUGCUCCUCCUCCCCUCCCACCUCGCAUGUCAAAGUCUUCACUCUCCGUGCGAGCCCAGAGCAGCACCGAGUCCACCCAGGACGCCUACUUUCAGGGCAGCGGGCAGAUGGCCCCGGGCACCGGUCAGGGGUGCCCCAAGCACCACAGCAACUCCAUUGAUCUGGGGAGCUCCGACGGGCCCUCAGGUCGCGCGUCCAGAGGAGGCUACUACACCACCAGCGGUCCCGGCCGUUUCCGCCAGCACAGCAACUCCGCAGAGAGCCUGGACGGGUUCAGGGGUUCCAGAGAGCUGGUUCCGUAUGGAGGGGGUCCCGGCGUGAGGACCAAGCACAGCUGCUCCGCUGACAACCUGCUGGAGGGGCCGCCGAGGCCGGCCAAGGAGAGGAUCGGAGGCAGCCUGGGAAAGUCGUCCUCUCUGACUCAGAACAACAUGAUUCUGAGCAAAGCGGCGGGGCAGGACGACGGGCGCGGGGGCAGGAAGUGGAGGCCCUCCAUCGCGGUGCAGGUGGAUAGCUCGGAGACGCUGUCGGACUCGGACGUGGAGGGGAAGGCUCUCACAGAGGUCCACUCCAUAGGAGUCCAGGUGGAAGACGAGAAGAGGCGAGCCCGUUUCAAGCGCUCCAACAGCGUGACCGCGAGCGUGCAGGCCGACCUGGACCCCGAGGGCUUCCCGGGGCUGAGCGUGGCCGUGCCAACGCAGGACAAGAGUCUUCAGUUCGGCUGCUCCUUUCAGAGGCACUCGUCGGAGCCCGAGUCUGCCAGCCAGUACACCGAGUGCCACCGCACCGUCCACACACAAGGACAGUGGGCCUACAGAGAGGACUUCAUCCAGGGGGGGUACACCGCGGAGGCGUGUCAGGCGGACCCGCGGCCCCACCAGCACCCUCACCUCCCUCCGCGCUCCCACUCUCCUCUGCCGAUCAGCGCCGAGCGUGCUUGGGCCGGGACCCCGUCCCUGGAGGGCCCGCGGAGCCUGCCGGACUCGGGUCGAGCUUCCCCCUGCAUGAGGGAUGGGGAGUUCUUCUUGCGCCUCCUGCAGACAGAAGUGGAGAGGAUGGAAGGAUGGUGCCAGAACAUGGAGAAGGAGGCUGAGGAGAAUGAACUUCCAGAGGAGAUUCUUGAGCUGAUUCGAAACGCGGUCGGCAGCGCACAGAUCCUCAUGUCCCAAAAGGUUCAACAGUUCUUCCGCCUCUGCCAGCAAAGUGUGGACCCAUCGGCCUACCCCCAGCCCACAUCUCAGGACCUGGCUUCCUUCUGGGACCUGCUCCAGCUCAACAUAGAGGACGUCAGGAUCAAGUUUCAGGACCUCCAGCGGAUCAAGGACUCCGGCUGGAGGCUCCCACCUGAAAAGAAGGAGGACAAGAAGCUUCCUCCCCCAUUACCAAAGAAGCCAGCAGGGGGCGUGAGCGGCAGCCUCCGGGCCGACAGCGUGGGGGAUGGGGGCGCAGGAGGUGGCGGCCUGGUGGUGCCGCGAGUGGGAGGCCACACCUUGCCCAUCAGGGAGAAAUCGCUGGACCUCGGGGACCGUCAGAGGGCGGAGGCGCGGCGGAGGCUGCUGCAAACCAAGCGCACCGCCUCCUUCAGGCAGAACUCGGCCACGGAGAGCGCCGACAGCAUCGAGAUCUACAUCCCUGAAGCCCAGACUCGACUUUGAACGCCCUCCCCUUACAGAGCUUAGAUCUUCUGCAAGUCGUUGCCGUUUCUCUCAUGAGAGUUUUCCAUCACUUCACUUAGGAAACAAGCAACGACAGCCAUCGUAGUGUCUUGAAAUUCUGACAUUUUAACACAGAGGCCUAGACCUUAAGUGGUAGCUAGCAGACGACUUUUAGGUUGCAGAAGUUCUUUCUUAUAUUUGUCCACUUUUUUUAAGAAGCAGGGGGUCUUAAAGUAGCAGCAUGCAUGUGCGUAUUCACCAUCUCCAUCUCAGAAGAUAAAGGGCUUAACUGGCACAAGACCUCUGACUAACUCCCUGAUGCCAUCUUCAACAAAAUCAUGUCUGUGUUUCACUUCUGAUUCCGGACAGAUCUGUACUUUCCGAUGCUGGAUCAGCGUGGAAUACUAUGAAAACCGACCCAGCCAGCAAUGCCAAGUGGGCCCCAUAUGGUUUAAAAGUGGGCAGAAAAUGUGGGAUCCGAUUGGGUUUGUCCGCAGUUUCUGUGGUGGUCCCACCUGUGUUUGCCCACUAGGCUUAAGAGGACACUCAGUGGGUAGGCUCACUAUGUCCGGCAGCCGUGGACAGUGGAGCUUGCUACCUCAAUACGGCAGAGCUUGCUACCUCGAUAAAGCAGAGCUCGCUAGCUUGCUGGAGAUGAGCUCGCUAGCAUGCUACAGUAGAGCUCCCUAGCAGGGUACUGUGGACCUUGCUAGCUCGAUAAAGCACAGCUCGCUAGCUUGCUAGAGAUUAGCUUGCUAGCAUGCUACAGUGGACUUCCCUUGCAGGGUACAGUGGAACUUGCUACAGAAAAGCUCAAUAGCAUGCUACAGUGGACCUUGCUAGCUUGCUAUAGAAGAGCUCGCUAGCAAGCUACAGUGGAGCUUGAUAGCAUGCUACAGUAGACCUAGCUAGCUUGCUAUAAAAGAGCUCGCUAGCAGGCUAUAGAAGAGCUUGGUAGCAUGCUACAGUAGACCUUACUAGCUUGCUACACUGAAACUUGCUAGCUCGCUAUAGAAGAGCUUGUUAGCAGGGUACGAUGGAGCUUGCUAGCAUGCUACAGUGGAGCUUGCUAGCACACUGCAGUAAAGAUUGCUAGCUUGCUAUAGAAGAGCUUACUAGCAGGUUACAGUGGAGCUUGCUAGCUUACUUCAGAAGAGCUUGCUAGCAUGCUACAAUAUAGCUUGCUAAAGUGGAGCUUGCUAGAAUGCUACAGCGGAGUUAAACUGUCCUCUGGGCAGCAGGUUAGGGUUACAAGCUGAACAACACUGAAUCCCCACUUAAGUCAAUUCGGGCAAACACAGGUGGGGCCACUACGGAGACUGGGGACAAACCCAAUUUGGGCCCAAAUGUUCUCCCUACUUUAAAACCAUAUGGGGCCCACUUGGCCUUGCUGGCUGGGGCGUUGAGCAUCUCCGAAGCAUCCGAAACCAAACUGGAAUUUCACUCCUCCCAUCUUUUCUGCAGACUCCUCUCAGCAUUGAGGCUCAUUGAAUGUGCAAGUGCUGUUUGUACAUAGAGUGCACACUCACGUUUGCCAAAAAGAGCUUUUUUUUUUUUUUUUGCAGUGUAGCAUCACAGCCUCCAGAGUCAGAGGCAGAAAGUAGAACCGUUUGCUUUUGGCGUCGUCUCUCUCUCUGAAGUGUUGGGAGUUUGUAGAGCUGAUUUUUUUUUU